UUCUUACAAAAGUACUAUUUAUUGAUUCUUGCUGCUAUUUUAUUUCCAAUCCAAGUGUCGGGGAACGAUUGUUUACAUACAUUUACAAAUUAGUAUCAACAAACGUGGGAGAUAUUUAUAGCUUAAUGACUUUGAAAAAGCCUCCCGCAAUACCAAUCAAACGAUAUUAUUACAUUGAAGCAUGCAACUUUGCACAUAUAAUUUGCCAUCCUCAUUAUAGUCAAUGCAACAGUCAAUGCUUCACCAUGGAUCGUCGAGUUACUGUGUUUCUAAUUGUAGCAGCUCUCUCCGUUGCAUUCCAAGUGGUCCACUCAGCGUUGUACGAGAUAAGGAUUGACUCCUUUGAACCGUACUCGGGGACUGACCCAACCUUCAUCGACUAUGGAACGCUGCGAGUUUCCAAGAAAAGUCGAAACGUGUUCGUCAUAGAUGGGAAAUUCGAGAUAUUCCAGAACGGAGGUGACGAAACCAGGAUCAUCUAUCAGAUCUUUUUUGGGGACCAGCGGCAGCCGAUGUUGUCCGGGGAUGUUGGAUAUUGCGAAUCGAUCAACAAUGAUGGAGUGAUAUUGACAAAGUUGCGGGAAGUUUCCAACAUACCGGAGAAGGGAGUUUGUCCGUACCCGAAGGGCGUGUACCACAUCGACAAGUACCAACUGGACGAGUCGCAAAUCCCACCGAUGCUGCCACCCGGAAAGUACACUUUGAUGGUGCAAAUGGUGCUGAACCAGCAGAUUAAAGGCGGAUACAAGCUGAAGGUUACAAUAAAUUAG